GAUUCUCAUCUGUGAAGACAGCUCAAAUAUUCUGCUCUAUAAUAUUCCCUUGUUCUUCAAGUUUAUCAAUCCGAGUCCUUAUACCAUGGAUUUCAAGAUCGCCUGCGCUUUGAACCUGUCCCCUGAGUUGGUAUGGUUUAGUCGUCGGUCCUACGACGAAGAGGUUUCAUCAUCAUCCGACUGUGGGCCCGAUGGUUGGCCGUGUCACUACGGCGGAUACUUCCCUGAGAUGCCGCACGACCUGGGCAGUGACGGUACUCAGUCUCCGGGACGUGACGACACCGAUGAUGAGGCAGGGAAUGGCAGAGAGGACUUCUCUCUCCGUCUCUUCGAUCUGGAGCAGGUGAACCGAGAUGUGCAUGAUUUCGGUGACCAGAUGGACGAUCAUCAGCCAGCAUCUCCUGUGCAUUGCCAGCUACCUCUUCCCGUCAGGCCCUCUGUCAGCCCAAGCUACCUACCCUCUCCAACAUCAUCAUCACCGGACUGCAACUCGCCAGCCUCCUUGAUGGAGACAAGCUACUCGUCGUCACCGAACCUCCACAGACCUUCUUCCUUCCCUGAGCUGAUGAUCGCUACCUCCCCAGUCCUGAUGGAGACGCUUCUCACUCCGGUGACAGUCUCCACUCUGCGGACAUUUUCACCGGUUAAUUAAGCGUAGAUGAAGUGCAUGAUUGCAGUGCCUUUUAAUUGUAAACAUUUGGGCCGCAUGUAUAGAUAUAAACAUUAUUAUUAUUUAUAUCAGGCUUCCAGCGGUAAAAGUUAAUCAGCAUAUUGUAUUUUACAUUUUCAUUUUGUAAAUGAUAUAGACCUAUGUUGGAAGUAAGUUUUCUUUUGGUUGCAACAUUCAUUAAACUUUCGAAUUCGAACUUUCGAGAUAAUUACUACAACAAACCAAUUGUCUUGAAAGACUGUGAAUGUACAUUAUUUGAGCAUUGUAAAUACGAUUUGGUGAAUAUUAAAAUCGG